CGCUCAAAAAAGCAAAAAAAAGAAGGCAUUAAUCUUUGAUGAAUAUUCUGUGAUCCUCACCCUUUGGACGUCUUCCCGCUAACUGUGUCCGGCUUGUUCCUUAGUGUUACGUGAAUGCGGAGAUACUUCUCUCUUCUAUCAAGAAAAAGAGAUUUUAAUUACACAGGGUAGCGAAAAUGCCGGCUGUUGUGGUGAGCAAUGGAGGGGACGUCCCAGAGUUUGAGGGGAGGAUCACAAUCUAUGUCAUCCUUUGCGUCAUCAUCUCCGCCUUUGGAGGGCUCAUGUUCGGUUACGACAUUGGCAUCUCAGGUGGGGUGACCGCAAUGGAUGACUUCCUCAUAAAGUUCUUCCCGAAGGUAUACGAGAAAAAGCAGCACGUGCACGAGGACAACUACUGCAAGUACGACAAUGAGUACCUGCAGCUCUUCACAUCGUCCUUGUACAUUGCUGCCCUUGUCGCCAGUUUCGUGGCAUCCAGGGCCUGCAGUAAGCUAGGUCGGAAGCCUACCAUGCAGAUCGCUUCCUUCUUCUUCAUCAUCGGAGUGGGCCUCCAGGCUGGCGGUAUCAGUGUCCUGAUGAUCGUCUUUGGCCGUAUCAUCCUCGGCUUUGGUGUUGGAUUCGCUAACCAGGCGGUCCCAUUGUUCUUGUCGGAGUUGGCACCGGCGAAGAUGAGGGGAGCACUCAACAUUUGCUUCCAGCUCUUCAUCACCAUAGGUAUCCUCAUCGCUGGUAUUAUUAACUACUUCACCUCGCAUAUCCACCCCUAUGGUUGGAGGCUCUCCCUUGGUUUGGCCGGUGUCCCAGCAGUUAUCCUCAUGCUGGGGUCCAUAGCCAUCUGUGAGACCCCAACGAGCCUGAUCGAGCAGCAGAAGCUCGAUGAGGGCAAAGCCAUCCUCAAGAAGAUCCGCGGGACUGACAAUGUGGAUGCUGAGUACGAGUCCAUCAUGGCCGCCUGUGAGAUAGCCCGCCAGGUGAAGGACCCCUUCAGGAAGCUCAUGAAGCCCUCGAGCCGCCCACCGCUUGUGAUCGCCGUCCUCCUCCAGGUCUUCCAGCAGUUCACCGGGAUCAACGCCAUCAUGUUCUACUCCCCAGUCUUGUUCCAGACUGUCGGGUUCGGGAACAAUGCUGCCCUCCUCUCAACUGUCAUUACUGGGCUUGUUAAUGUUUUCAGUACCCUCGUCUCGAUCUACACGGUCGACAAGGCCGGUAGGAGGGUCUUGCUGCUCGAAGCCUGUGUUCAGAUGUUCAUCACUCAGACGGUGAUUGGAUUGAUCCUCCUGAUUGACCUGAAACCGACGGGCACCUUGAAGGAGAAGGAAGCAUUGGUGGUGGUGAUCCUGGUCUGCGUGUAUGUGAUGGGAUUCGCAUGGUCGUGGGGCCCGCUCGGGUGGCUCAUUCCAAGUGAAACGUUCCCUCUGGAGACCCGAACUGCAGGAUUUGCCUUUGCAGUCAGCUCGAACAUGCUCUUUACCUUUGUGAUUGCACAGGCGUUCCUCUCCAUGCUCUGCCACAUGAAGGCCGGCAUUUUCUUCUUCUUUGCCGCUUGGAUCCUCCUCAUGGGACUCUUCGCCCUCUUCCUCCUCCCUGAGACGAAGGGCGUACCCAUCGACUCCAUGGCUGACAAAGUCUGGAAGCAGCACUGGUUUUGGAAGAGAUACAUGGUCGAUGAGGAUGAUGAGCCCAUUGAGAAGAUCCAUCCGCAUAAGACAUAAGCAACAAGAACCAGCAUAGAAAGAAGAACGGAUUUUCAUAUAUGAUGACGGCCAAUGCGGCACGAAGCAUCCUUUUGUCACCUCAAUCUCUUUGUUCAGUCGGUACUUAGUGGUUUUCCUGUUUCAUUUUUUUGAUUGAGUAACCUGUUCAUGAAUAAAAAGAAAAAAUACUGUGGGGGAAUAAAUAGUCAUUUUGGUUUUUUUUUUUUUUUCCUUUUUUGGGAUCAUCCUGCUGGUUUCUCACUCUUAUAGAUGUACAGAAGUUUUGUUUCAUACUUUUCAUGUUCAAUCGAAAAAUCAUUAUUGAAUCAA